AUGGAGGCGUCGCUGCCGCUCCUGGUGCGCAGCCCCGCGCAGCGGCACCCGGACCUGCGCCUCCGCGCCGACCCCGCCUGGACCGUGAGGCGCCUCAAGGCCGAGCUGCGCCGCCUCGUGCCCGAGGCACCGCCUGAAGAGAACCAGAAGCUGAUUUACUGUGGGAAGCUGUUGCUUGAUCAUCAUUACCUGAGAGAGCUGCUGCCAAAGCAGGAAGAGUUCCAUGCUCUUCAUUUGGUGUACAACUUCAAGACUUCUACAGAUGUGCAAGAAACCAAUGCAGAGGUGAAAGCUGCUCAGCCAAAGCUACUGGCAGAAGCUGGUUCAGAACCAUCUUCCUCAGAUGGUGGAAGACUGAGUGGCCAAUCUUCAGCAGAAGCCAGUAACAGGCUUGAACCAACUCGACGCCCCUUCCAGUGUGUCACUCCUGGCCUCUCUGCUUACACGACCUACAGCAUGCUUCAGAUGUCCUGGCUUCAGCAGCUCUAUGCAAGACAGUAUUACAUGCAGUACUUGGCUUCUACUGCUGCAUCUGCUGACCCAGCCCCUGCACAGCAUUCUCAGGAGAUACCAGUGGCACCAGUGACACCCCCAGCUCCUCUCCCAGACCCUUUUCCUGCACAAAACCAGCCUGGGAACCAGAACGCUGCUGCCCAGGUUAAUGCUGUGGUCAAUCCCAACUUGAGGGUGAAUGCCCAAGGGGGUCCUCUCAUGGAGGAAGAGGAGGAGGGUGCCAAUCGAGACUGGCUGGACUGGCUCUACUCUGCAACGCUCUUCUAUGUUUUUGUCAACAUCAUCUACUUCUACUCCAGUGUCAGCAGAUUCCUUUUGGUUCUGGGUGGCACCGUGCUGAUGUAUCUGCACCAUGUUGGAUGGCUUCCCUUCAGGCAGAGAGCAGCUCAGCCCUUCCCAGGCAAUGUUCCUCCUCAAGCUGCUGUGAACCAGGACCAGAACAAUAACUUGCAGGGAGGAGAUGGAGGCAGAGCAGAUGAAUCUGUGGCCCCUCCUGAGGAGGGGCAGGUUUUACAAGACCUGCAGCAGACCAGCCCCUCACGGAUAAGCACAGCGUGGGUUUUCUUCAAGACUUUCUUUGCAUCCCUCCUUCCAGAAGGACCCGGAGUGAUCCGCAACUGACUCCUCACCAGUCUGGUCUGAAGCUGCAAUGGGAUUUAGUCCACUGGAGCAAACUGGAUACUCCAAACCAGGAGGGGAAGGUUGAUGGCACUUCUCUGGCUUUCACUGACCAAGCAACCAAAGCCUUAAGUCAUUGCAGCCUAGAGACCAUGAUGCCCUCAUUCCAAACAACUUUGUUCUGCAGCAUUGAUUAGGUCCCUAUGUAGAGGCUUGGCAUUGGAAACCUGGGCUCUAAGCAGGUGUGCAAGAACAUGAGAGAAGCAAAUUGUUGCUUCUGUGCUAUGUGAUUCCUGUUGGAAUGUUUCAAAUGCUAUUUAAAUUACACUGAGUGUAGGAUCUCAAAUGCUAGAUAUGCAUUAGCAGAUUUUUAGGAAAGAUCUAUUGUUAAACUGCUUCAACAAUAGUUUAAGUUUUCUGUGUAAAUAUUUUCUGAUGAAGGGCAUAUGGUGCAAUUGCCUUGCUGGACAAAGUGGAGGAGUGUAAGACAGUGACCUCUUGAUAAGCAUUAACCUUGGUGGAGUUGGAGGCUAAAUUUCACAUUGCCAAAUUAGGAUACUUUAAACUCAAGGCUUAAUUUCCCCCCCUGUCAAAUCAUGACAGAAGAAUUCAUGUGAGUUGUAAAAUUUUUCACUGCUUUUGGAUGCAAAGCUAAAGCAACUCAACUUUGCAUUCUUACUCCACAGCAACUCUUGUAUUACUUUGUUCCCUUUAAUUGCUGGUUAAGUGCUUUGAUUUCAAUAAAAUUUGAAGGCCUAUCUGUA